GCGGAGGGCGGCGCCCGGUCUUCCCGCUCCCGCGGCGCGGCAACUCCGCCGAGCCUCCUUAAAACUCUGCCGUUAAAAUGGGGGCGGGUUUUUCAACUCAAAAAGCGCUCAAUUUUUUUCUUUUCAAAAAAAGCUGAUGAGGUCGGAAAAAAAGGGAGAAGAAACCGGCACCAUCGCAGCGGAGGCAACAGAAGCAGCAAUUGUUUCGGGGGGAAAAAAAGAAAAGAAGCCAGGAAAGAAGGGAAGGAAAAGACCUCAAAGAGGGACGACGCGCUAGUGCCUGUAGGGGCGAAGAGCCGGGACCGGCGAUUUUGGGGGGGACUAACUACAAAAGAAACUGUCACUGGCAGCGCUACGACGCGGUCCGGUCCUAGGCACAGCUGGCCGGCAGCCGGUGCCCGGUCGGUCGGCGGCUUAGGCUAGGGGACACUGGCCGGGGGACCGAGGGAAACUAGCGAAGUGGCACGGGGCGCCAAAGCUGCUGGGCUCUCGCCAAGAGGGCGGCGAGACGGGUUGCACCCUGGAAUUGUGGCAACCCCCUGUCCCCAGAGCCUGGCCAGCGUUCGCUGGGACCGUUCCCAUCUCCGGAGGCCCUCCGACACCCGGGAAAGGAAGGAAAGGACGGCGACGGCGGCCACUCGAUGAGCGCCUCCACAGACAGGCUGAGCUAGCACGGGCGGAGGCGGGAAGUGGUCGGUGAGCUGCCCCGGGCAGCAGCGAUGCUUCGGCGAGCCGCCCCAACGGCCUGAAUCCGGCAACCACCUCCCCGGUGUUCCCCACCCCCAUCCUUCUUCGGGUCCCGGGACCCGGUGGGGCAGGCAUGACGGGCUUGCCGGGGGCCUGCCGCGCGCCCCGCAGCCUCCCGAGACUGGCGCCGAGCCCGGCUCCCACGGCCUCUGAGGCUCGGCGGGGCUGCGGCAGCCCGGCGGGCGGGCUCCGGAGUCUUCCCGCUCGGCGUUAGCCCCCACCAGGGCCCGGACGGGACUGAAGGCUCCUCGGGAGAAGUUGAGCACGCUGGGGAGCCGUUGGGACCUGCUCCUGGAGGGCCUCGGAACUGCUCCUGCCGUCUGCCUUUGGUGUUCAUCUUUAACCCCCGGAGCACGUCAGCAUCCAGCCCACCGCGGCGCUCGGCCGGCCGCCCUGGACUCGGGAUUCCGCGAGCCGGAUGGAACCCGAGCCCCUCCGAGGCCCGGCCCCUGAAGUUCUGGCUCCCGUCACCACCGUGAACCAGGGUGGGUCAAUACCUUUUCUUCACCCCGAAUGCCUUUUCUUCCGCGGUAUUUUCUGAUCUGGACCUCGUCCCUAAGAGUCUGCACACGUAGUCCUCCCACUGCUCGGAGGCGUAGGAGGACCCUAAAGAAUGGCCGAGCCUUGGGGGAACGAGUUGGCGUCCGCAGCUGCCAGGGGGGACCUAGAGCAACUUACUAGUUUGUUGCAAAAUAAUGUAAACGUCAAUGCCCAAAAUGGAUUUGGAAGAACUGCGCUGCAGGUAAUGAAACUUGGAAAUCCUGAGAUUGCCAGGAGACUACUACUUAAAGGUGCUAAUCCCAAUUUAAAAGACGGAACUGGUUUUGCUGUCAUUCAUGAUGCAGCCAGGGCAGGUUUCCUGGACACUUUACAGACUUUGCUGGAGUUUCAAGCUGAUGUUAACAUCGAGGAUAAUGAAGGGAACCUGCCCUUGCAUUUGGCUGCCAAAGAAGGCCACCUCCCAGUGGUGGAGUUCCUUGUGAAGCACACAGCCAGCCAUGUGGGGCACCGGAAUCAUAAGGGAGACACCGCCUUUGACUUGGCCAGGCUCUAUGGGAGGAACGAGGUCAUUAGCCUGAUGGAGGCAAAUGGGGUGGGGGGAGCCACAAAUCUGCAAUGAAUGUGAGGAGGGCUUUUGCACAUUACUUCUAUUGUGUCAGUUAAUUGAUUGCCUGUCCUAUUUUUAACAUCCUUUGUUAAAAUAUAUAGUUCUUCAUACUUUAAGGUAGUUAAAGCUUUGAAACUGCAUAAGUGGAACUCUUACUAGAGACUUAAUGAGUAUAUUUAAGCAACAUCCUUUUCACUUGCAAAAUCCUUAUUUCUAACAUGUAUUGCAAAUAAGUGUUGGCUUUCUUCUGAAUAUUUUAUCUUUCCCUAACUUUUUCCUUGUGUAUCCUUUUGCCAGUCUCAAUCUCCCUGAAUGCCAGAAAUGUAAAAUUACAAAAUGUUUAAGUAUUAAAGUAAAAUACAAGCACCAGUUUGGGGGGAAAUGAAGACACUUAGUAAGGAAACUGUAUAAAUUACAUAUAAAAGUCAUACUAUUUUAGAGUUUUUGAGAUAAUAAAUGUAGAAACUUUUGCAAUAAAUAAAUCACUCCUCCAUAUGGUA